AUGUUUCAAUCUAAAGAAAAUUGCGUAGUUCUUGUUAAAGGAUUAUCAUUUAAUGUAAGAGCUUCACACGCGAAUGAAAUAUUUAAGAAUUAUGGCCACGUUAACAGCGUUGAAGUAGCCUAUGUCAAAGGCCAUUCAACUGGCUGGGCAUACGUCCAUUUUUCUACUCCUGAAGAAGCCCAAAAAGCUAUAGAUAGGAUGGAUGGUGGCUGCAUUGAUGGAUGCACCAUUUCUGUAACUUUAAUUAAUCCAACCAUGCCAAUUGAGGCAUAUUACCACAUGUGCAACUAA